GGCACGACCAAAGUCACCUAUAGAAAUUGAGAGGGGAAAAAAGUAUUUAAGAAAUUAGCUCCUAAGUUAUCGUACACAAAAUAUGGUCGGUAGUUUGAUACCUCUACUCCGUACCGGUCGCCAACUGCAAUUGAAAUGUGGCUGGUGCAGAAAGAUGGCGUACGUGGCUGGUGUGGAACACCCCCCAAAAAAGGCCGAAAAAGGGCGAGAAUAAUACGACGGGCGACGUGGAUCAAACCGAUAGAACGAUUAUCACCACGCUUCGCAUCCGGUCGCUAUCCAAUCCCCUUUGGACUUCCGGUUCUCUCUGCCAUGCUAGCGAUGAUCCCAUGUUCUGUGCGGAUCGUCGAACGUCCUAUCUAACAUCAUGGAAUCCCCCUUAACCCAGCAAAGUAGACCCGACUACUUCAAACCUAAGAUCGUGCAACUAUACGAGAACCUAUUCCAAACGUCUGAUUAUACAGAGCCCUCCGAGGGGUUUUGGAAGGAAUUCUUCUUGUUGCCGCCUGAUCGUGCGCAGCUCCGGUCCAUCUUGGACCAGCUCAGUCCCGAUGAGACUCUGAACUUGCAGAUUCAAACCCAACAACUUUUUACUCGCGCAAUUCGUGAGGCAGCUUCAGGCAUCAAGCCGGUGGACUCCUAUGCGCUCGAGACCUUGAUGGUCUUUCUAGCCUGUGUCUUGAGGAAGAAGUAUACCAAUCCCAGUUCGGACAUCAUCACCGUUCUAGCCGGACUUGACGACGUGGACCAUGUCAUCUCGCACUUCGUUAGCGUGUUGGAUGGCAUCAUCCGCAAUGGUGGCAACUGUGACAAGUAUAUUGACCCUCUUGAAGUUGAGUUCCGAAUGAAGGCCAUCAAAACUGCCAUUGCCAUGAUCAGUGGAGCAUACAAGACUAGUCUCGUCUCUUACUUCACACAUCGUGACCUAUUCCCGUCACUCAUGAAGUUUGUACAAGACUCGGAGACUCCUAUUCAAGGGUUCGAGCCUUUUCUCCUUCUGGGGCUGUUGGCAAAUUACAACAAAUUUGAGUUUCAGAACCCCUACCAGCUCCGACUUGAUGACUUCGUCAAUGAGGCAAGCAUUCGCAAAAUCGUCAACGGGGUCGGUCUCUCUUGUGGCGCCCUGAGAAAUGGCUACGUUGCCGUGCAGGAUGACGCUCCCGAAGGGUGGUCGUUGAUUAGCACUCUGAUCUACUUCGGAUUGGGCGUGCUUGCGCCCAAUAGGAGAGACCGCUCUAGUCCUCCUACUGCGGAAGAGACAAAGGAGAUGUUCACAGCACUACCUGCUCAACAGGCGGCUAUCCUCCUAGCUACCUACGACUUUACGAAUGCGAACAAGCUCUUUGGCUAUCAUCUCAUCACCUCUGGCCCUGAAAAGGAGAACGAGGAGACUCCGUUCGCGACCUUUCUCUCCGUGACAUCCUAUCUCCUGCAGCACGCCUACCGAUCACCCCGGGUGGCCCAAUAUGCCGAGCUCAAUCUCUUCACUCUACGCAUUCUUGCCGAGGACUCCUCCUUAUGCAAGCAACUCUGCACCGAGGACACCAAACGAAAGAUCCGUCUCUGUCGACAGAGGCAGCCCUAUCUUCCCCUAGUCACCGGAGACCGCGUCCUUGCAACCGCCAUCUUUGACAUGAUGAUCGACACCAUCUCCCACAACCUUCGCCGACGUCUAGACAUCAACCUCUACAGCCAAGCAAUCGCGAUCCUCCUCCGCCUCUUCACAUACCUAUCCAUGAACAAAAUCCGCCUCAACUACCACUGGUCCGAGCUCUGGCGCACGCUGCUCUCCCUCAUGCGCUUCCUCACCACCUACGUCUCCGACCUCUCCGGCAGCCCGCACAUCGACACGCUCGCCACCACGCUCGUCGACCUGAUCGCCUUCUGCGUCUCCACCGGCGACACCUUCCUCCCCGACCCGGCCUCCUACGACGAUCUCUUCUACAAGCUCGUCGAGACCGGCCCCAUCAUCUCCAAAUUCCGCGACGUCUAUCUCGUCAAGCCCUCGUCUUCCACCACGACCCCCUCAAAGGCCGACCCCACCACCACCACCACCAAAGACGUGCACAUCGCCGCCAUCGACACCCUGAUCUCCGUCUCCACCCACUUCUACACCCUCCUGUUCAACCCGGAUCAGAGCGCCGACGCGAAGCCCAACGCCCAAGGCACGGCGCCCAUCCCGGCCACGCAGAAGAAGAACCUCAGCCCGCGCGAGGUCCACCGCAUCAUCAAGCAGGGGUACGAAACGCUGAGCAUCCAGUCUCCCGACGGGCUGAGCGCCUGGACAAGAUACCGCGAGACAGACUGGAAGCCGGAACUGAAGCGGGUCGCGAGAUGUGCGGUCGACGAUGCGAGGCAGUUGGUUGUGUAG